GGAAUUUCUCAUCUCUUUGGUCCCUUCACAAUGUCCUUCUCUGGAAAAUUUCAACUGGAAACCCAAGAGGGCUUUGUGCCUUUCAUGAAGGCGAUUGGUCUUCCUGAUGACCUUAUCGAGAAGGGCAAAGACAUCAAGAGUGUUUCUGAGAUUGAACAAAAUGGAGACAGCUUCAAAGUAACAAUUACGACAGGGAGUAAAGUUAUAGUUCAUGCCUUCACUAUAGGACAAGAGUGUGAAGUGGAGACAAUGACUGGAGAAAAAAUCAAGACCACUGUGACAAAAGAGGGCAACAAGCUAAAGACAAAUAUGAAGGGUAUUGAAUCGGUCACAGAGCUUGUGGAUGCCAACACAAUUGUGCAUACCAUGACUCUGGGCGACAUUGUCUUCAAAAGAACCAGCAAACGUGUGUCAUGAUAAGCACUGUUUGUUUUAAAUGUGAUUAAGAGUACAUCUUUCGCAGUUUUCAUUAUAAUUUUGGAUUUAUGAAUGUGCUGUGUGACACUAAAGUAACCAUUGUUCAUUUCAACUGAGUUGGACACACUGAAAGUGACAUUUGGAUUCCAAGAAUAAUACACUUCAAACAUAAAUCUUUCAA